AUGAGCAAAGAAGCAGAGUGUCCUGUUAUAUCGUAUCGAUCUCUUUCUUUUUUUGGUUUGCUGAUGAAUUAUAUUUCAAAUUUUGAUUUCCAUUUCUGUUCUCUACAAGAAGCAUGGUAUCUUCGAGCUAUAUUGGAAUUACAUAUCGAUUACAAAUUGGGUGCACAAAUUGAUAAAACAAAUGUUUGUAAUUUUUCAACGACUGGAGUAAUGAAUGAAUAUCGUCAAAAAUUGAUCGAAGUCUUGUCGUCUUAUAAUCCGUCAAAGCCAUUUCAAUACAUCGAUGAUGUCAUCGAAGAAGUUGAAUUGAAUACAAAUGAGAAUUGUAUCGUGCGGUGUGUCCUCAAAAAUGAUUACUGCGACUAUUUUCUGCUCCUUUCAAAUGCCGUCAUUUCCGUUAUGGUAAAGUGA